AAAGGACAAAAAGCAGCAACUGGUACAUCUUACUAAGCUGCCGAUCCUCGUUCCACCGCCGGGAGAAGAGGAGCAGCAGCAGCAGCAUUCGCGGCGGCGGCGGCGGGGAAGAGUGAUGAUGGACCCCAAAACUCUCUUCCCGCUUCUUUGGAUCGCACUACUCUUCCCUUCUUCCACCGCUUCCUGCUCCACUCACAGCUGCAAGGUUCCCCCGUUCUUUCUCCCUCUCCUCCUCUCAGAGAUCCGAAAGACCUCUUCCUCUUCCCUUUCCCUCUCAUUUUGAUCUGAUCCUCCUCUUAUUCUUGAUGCCUAUCUAUACAAUACCGCGGUUGCUGGACGCGUGUUCGCCGGCGGAUGACUGCGCUCCGGGCCUCUACUGCGCCACCUGCCUGGCCUCCGGUGAAGGGGCUGCCCUUCAACAAGUACGCGUGGUUGGUGACUCAUAACUCCUUCUCCUUUGUCGAUGAACCCUCAUCCACCGGCGUCCAGUGCAUCACCUUCUACAACCAGGAAGAUACCGUCACCAACCAAUUGAGAGAAUUCCCCUUGAUUCAUCCCUCCUGUUUGCAUGAUUCCUGAAUUUUUCUUUCUUUCUUUCUUUCUUUUUCCUUUUUUUUUUUUGUGCAUUUUUGGCGUUAUGUUAAUCAAUGAACCAUUACAGAAUGGCGUCCGGGUUUUGAUGCUGGACAUGUAUGAUUUUGAGGACGAUAUCUGGCUCUGCCACUCGCUGCAGGGCCGGUGCUACAACUUCACUGCCUUCGAACCAGCGAGUAACACUCUGAGGGAGGUGGAGGCAUUCCUGACUGAGAACCCUUUGGAGAUCGUGACUAUCAUGAUUGAAGAUUAUGUGCAUGCUCCUAAGGGGUUGAUGAAGCUGUUUGCGAAUGUCGGCUUGGUCAAGUAUUGAUAUCCGGUCUCCACUGGUCUUUAGUUUGAUGCUUCGAAGGAGGCUGAUGAAGGGAUUGCUUACCAGUGGAGGUAUAUGUUGGAGAAUGAACGUGGAGGUCCAGGAAUUGUACCAGGCUCCUGUCCAAAUAGAAAGGAAUCACAACCACUGAAUUCAAGAUAUGCAUCUCUAUUUCUUCAAAAUUACUUCCCCACGAUCAAUGUUGAAAAUAAAGCUUGCCAAGAACACUCAGUUGGACUUGCUGAAAUGGUUGAUGCUUGUUAUAAAGCAGCUGGAAAUUUGAUGCCUAACUUCAUCGCUGUGAAUUUUUACAUGGCCAGGGCACCGAAUGGAGCCUGUAAGAACACGGGAGCAUCUAAUUGAACUCCCAUAACUAAUGGAGGCACCUUUUCGGGAUAUGUACAGCUGUCAGAAUCCACAUUGAGGUUUCACUUAUAUGAUCUCUUGGUGAUAAAUUUGCCUUUUGCUUUGCUGAUGUUAAUGUUCUCAUUGUAGCUGAUCGUGCACAUUAUAUUAUUGCAUCAUUUGUUAAUGAGCAUUUGCCUUUUGAUGGGCUCCCAUUUUCAUCAUUUUGUUCUUCUUCAAA